AUGUCAAUAUGCAAAAUACACCGACGAGCCAGAAUCUUCCCCAAAGCCAAAGAAGCGUUGAAAGAUCUCUUCCGGUGCCAGAUCACUCAAUUCCCUUAG